AUGACUGCAAGGCAUGGCGGUAACAAGAAGAGGACUGCUAGCAGCACACAGGUCCCCAAGGACUCCAAGGACUCCAAGGGCUCCAAGGACCGCAAAGCAGGCGUAUCAAUAGCCUCUCGGGUCUCUGAGAAAGGCGGCGAAGCAAAGAGGUUGCGCAAAGACGCAGCUGGCGCCUUUUGGCACUCGAUGGACACUGAGCCUGGCGCUUGGAUAGAUGUGCUCAAGGAAAAUGGUGAGCUAGAGCUGCCGGACCUUUCAGAAAGCAAACAUUUGGCCAACAAAGCCCCGCAAAUCAUGAAACUAACUGGUGUAUCUCAGUUGCUGCUGAAGGAAAAGAGAAUUCUUGUUCAUGGUGGUUCUGCUUUUAAAUCGCGCGUUGCCAAGUAUGUGAACAUCAUCCUGAACAAGAUCGUGCCAGAUGACUACGCUGACAACGAUUUCUUAAGAGUUUAUGUGUCAGAGCACUUUGCGGAUGGUUUGGCAGAGGACAGCGUUGUGGAGGUAGAACAAGCUGAAGGCGUCAUCGUUGUAAUUGAGAAGUCAUCUCAGAAAUCAACGGCUUUGCUGCCUGGAGAUUUGGUGGAAGUAGAGACUCAACCUGGAGUGUGGGGAAGCAUGGCCAAAGUGAUGCAGGCUACAGAAACAUCCCUCACAAUUCGACACAGCCAUGACCAGCGCCAAGAGGAGAUGGUCCUUUCUCGCGUCCGGCGUGCCAGGUCCAUUGCAAUCUUUGGUCCUCGCAGAUUGGCAGCUGCCAUGAAGAUCGUUGCAGCGUUUGAGGAAGAGUCAACUGGAGCACUUGGAGCCUUGCAUGACAAUCCCUACUUCCAAGGGCAACGGUUGGGUGUGAUCUCUGAGGAGCUCCCGGUGAAAGCCGACGUCGUUCAGAGGUUAGAAAAGAGCCCUUUCCUGAAGCAGAUCAUGCUUGCCACAGGCUCUAGCAUACGCUUUUUCAUGAAGCCAGCUGGAACUGCCGAAGCAGGAAAGUCCCGCAAGCGCUCUGUCCCUUGCGUUCUGGCAGGGGGGAGCCUACAAGAGCGCUGGAGAGGCUUGCAGGGCGUGAAAAUCAUCGCCCUCGGAAUGGAAGAAAAAAGACAUCCGACUUUGCCUCCUGCAUUGCUUGGGGAUGCUCGACGGGUGAGCAUUCCGACCGACAUGGUAUCGGUGGUGGUGGGCAAGCGAAUGGAGUCGUUGCUGGAGCUCAUGAAAUCAACCAACACAGUAAUAGUUCCGUUGAGGGAGAAAGCGGAAGAGAAAGACAUGUUGUUCGAAAUGAUCCUGGAAGACACCGGGUCGGAACAAAAGACUUCUGAGAUUGCCAUCCUUGGUGAACCCAGCGCGCAAGCAUUGGCAGAAGUCAAGGUGAGAUCAAUCGUGGAGAAGCACCACCCUGGCUUUGCUGAGAAGGACGUGAACUUCAACAACCAGGCUGCAGCUGGCUUCGGCGUUGAAACUAUGCUUCUGGAAAGUGAGCUUGAACUUAUCGAAAGUCGAAUCGAACUUGCAAAGCAGCUGACAGGAGCUACCGGCUGUUCAGUGGAAAUUGCUGCCAGCCGGGCUUUCAUUGCGGGCAUGAAGACGGCCAGAGCACUUUGCCAAGAGUACAUUUGCUGGGUCAACAAUGGCUUGCAGUCUCAUGUUCCUGGCCUCAAACGGCAGGACACGGCGAUCAGGUGCAAGGUUGAUCCUGAGCUCAUGGACUUGCCUUGGUUGCAACAGCAGCUUGCAAGACUGGCCAUAGAGACGAGUAGCGUCGCUUUCUGGGACAUGGAAGAAGGUGACACUUCAAGCGCUUCAAGGCGGCUAAUCUUUGCAGGAACAGUCAUUGCAGUGCGUCCAGGUGUUGUUGCAGGGCUGCUUGCAAAAGCUGACGCCUUGAUCAGCAAAGCCGAAGAAUACAAGGAGAAGAAGCUGUCGUUUGAAGAAUGCUGUGAGGCAAGUCAAGCCGUCAAGCCUGUCAUUAUCCGUUCUGUUCAAGUUCCUGUAGUGGCCAAGACGCUAGAUCGCUCAGGUGCACAGGGCAAGGGUGGCGGAUGGUGGCGGCGAGAUGUUUUGAAGAAGGAGAGUGCAUGA